ACAAAUUUCAAGCAUGUCCACCAAACAAAUAGACUACAAUAAACUGGUCAUGGACUACCUCAUAUAUCAAGGAAACCAGCAAAUAGCAAGCUCAUACGCACGGGAAACCGGGCAAACAUUCUAUCCGAACUCGUUUCUUACGCUACGCUCAAAGGUACGAGAGCUGAUUUCGUCUGGUCAGCCUAUCGCCGCACAGAAGACGCUUGAGCACUACAACUUCGAAUUUCUUACGACCACGAACCUUUCCGACCACCUAAAAAAGCAAUGCGCAAUCGAAAAGAUUGCGAAAGGCGCACACGAGGAAGCACUGGAAGAGCUUAAAAACUGUGAGCUUGAGUUAAAUGAUGUUCUGGAGAUGAUUGUGUAUGGAAGAGGUGUUGAUAUAGAAAGAUGGCGAAUGUGCUGUGCCGAGAUUGUAAAUCAGGUAAUAGUAGACGGAUUUGGCGAGAUCAGAAACGCUUUGGUGGAAGUUAUUGAGGGAUUGGAGUGGAACACUCUUGACAUAAGCGGAUUUUAUGAUUCAGUAGAGGACAAAAAAUAAAAUAGCCAUGCUUUUGGAAA